AUGAUAGCGCGGUUGAUAUCAAAGUCUGCAUAUAAGGGAUAUAGUGCCUCCGCGAGUUGGAAGUUGUAUGCCUGCACUGAACAUGGGGAAUUACCGAAUGUGAUCAAUUGCCAUGAGUCUGCAUUACUUGCAUUUGACUUGCCUCCGUCGAUUGUGGAGUCUGUUGGCAACUUUGCUGAGUGUGUCAAAGUUGUCUGUUCUAACCUGCAGCCUUUGUUACUUGGACUUGCCGGUGAACAUAAUCUCUCGACUUGUGAAGGACCUUUGGAAAGAGGCGAAUCUGGAACACCUGUCUAUAACAGGACGGAGAAUGAAAAAGGAGGCGGAGUCCCCCUCAUAACCUGUAUUCUGGCAUUCAUUGGAUCUCUAGCUAGGGCUUCCUCUAUCAAGGAUUUUCUGCGGCUAGUCGCUGAGAAUGCACUGGUCACCGUUUGGGACUCGGCUGAGUCGGCUUUCACUUCUGUCCUUCAUGAUUUUAUUACUCAUCCACCGCUCUUCGAUUUUCGGUUCGGCAGUAGGGACAGUGCCAAGGUGGAUGUUGUAAUGGGCCUCAGCGACCGCACCGACGUUUCUCCCUACGCUCACGGUCGUGCGCUCUCCACCGUCCUUUACGUGGUCGACCUCGUAGGGAGUUCCGACUCUUAUUACAGCUUUUCUUUAGGUGUGAUAACUUGGCGCGUUCAUUCGCUAUAUGGCAGUCGAGUAGCCGUGCCAAAUGUGACUCCGGGUUCUGAGGAACAGAGAGGCGGUAAAAGCUGGUGUAGGCUGGCCGUGGACUGGGGAGAGCUGCACUUUUAG